UUCACGACACAUUACAUUACAGCUGUGACAAUGACAAAAUUGACAAGCAAACGCUAAAAUCUCGUGUGAAUCAAAAUAAAGUAAAACCAUUUCAAAUCCAAAUGUUUCAAAUGAUUUGUUUGUUGUGAUUGUGAUGAUAUAAUCGAUUUAUUGAAGAUCUUUUAAUUGGUCUGUGUAGAGUAAAUAUAAUACAUAAUCAUGAUUGAAACCUGUUCUAAACGAUGUAUGUUACUCGGAACUGUUACUUUAGGAGUCUUAACUCUAGUCGUGUUGAUAUUGGAAUCCCAUUUGGCUGAUACACUCUCCGGCAGUCAGAGGAAAAAUAAAACAUUCCCAACAGAAACAAAUUCAACAUGUUAUAAACAUAAGCCAUUUAAGAUAAUCAGUGAAUGUCAUCCUUGUUCAGACUUUGAAAUCAAAAGUGAGAGCAUAGGUGUAUGUAAGCACACAAGUUUCAAGGAAAUCCUACGAUGUGAUAAUGGAGAAACAGUAACCAGAAGCUGUGAUAGAGUAGCAUACUUAGAAGAACGAGCCUAUUGGAAGUUUACAAUAUGGUCAUUUGUGAUUGGAGCAGCCUCUUCAAUUGCCGUCAUGUUGAGAAUGAGGAUUCUGAACCACAGAGCAAAGAGAAGAGCUCAGCAGGUUCUUAGCAACGGAUCUAUAUAAUUGUUUUGAGUUAUUUACAAGUAUAUUAUGUUUUUUUUUUAUAAACAGCCUUGACAUAUGGAAGGACUGUAAAAACGAUCUUUGGGUAUGCCCAUGUAAACCAGCGGAUUGCUUCAUUGUAAAUGGGAUAAUCAUGAAGUUGCAUUCUUCAUUGGAUUUUUAUAUUCAAUUAGAUUAUUUAUAUAUAUUUUAUUUUAUAUUAGACAUGGUGCUACUUUAUAACACCAUUACAGAGCAAAUUGAUACUACAAAGCCAUUAUACUGAAACUAGUAAUCAUUUUAACUGUUGUGACAUAAAAAGCUGUAAGUGUAGAUAAAAUUCACAUGUUAAAAAUAACAUGAUGAAAGUACUAGUAAUAAAACAUAUUUAUUAAUCA